ACAUACAUACAUACAUACAUACAUACAUACAUAAUUACCGGCAAUCCCAAGAAAAAUUCCCAGAAACAAGAACUUUUCGUUCCUGCAAAAUUGAUAUAACCAAGUACAGCUAUCAUAUAAGUAUAAAUUAUAAUGAUUUAUUGAAAUAGAAAUGUAGAAAAGGUUAACAUAUCUUUACAGGAACAUAUCUUUACAUUAUUGAAGGAAUGAAUGUAUAGAAAAGCUAUUUGAGUUUUGUUUAUGAAAAUCUGAAUGAACAUUUCCUUCUUUAUCGACUUCAAUGAUAUGUUUCGGAAAAUCGAUCGGUAAUUUGUCGAGUAGUUUCAGCCGUUUCUGUAUAGAUGGCGCUAGGAUCGAAUUCAAAUGUAUUCCCUUUAUGGCGGUCUUUUUAAAAUACAAAUUUGUCAAACAAUUAUUUUCAUAAUUUUCUAGUCUUGCGCUGAUUUGAAAAGAAAAUAGAAUCAAAGGGAGUGAAAAUUGGAUCUUUUCAGAUGUCAGUCUUUGGUGCGGUAAAAAAGGGACUGUUUUAAAUGAGGAAUAUAAAUCAUGACCCCUCGAAAGCAAAGGCAUGUCCAUUCUUUUGUAUAUGUAGUCAUUGCAUGUCGUCUCUCAUAACAUAACCUCUUUUGCAUUUAAAAAAUAUUUAAACAAUGUCGGAGGUCGAAGAAGCUCCUCCAGAAACUUCAGAAGCACCUGCUGAACAAGAUGUUGUGUCCGAAGAAGACAAACAAUUUCUCUUGGACUAUGUCAAAGAAACAGAACAGAGACUGGCUGCAAAAGAAGAAAUCAGAGCUGCUAAUUUAAAUCCCAACAGACCACCGGAUACCUAUUUCAGCAAAUUAGAUUCAACUCUAAAAAGAAAUACCACUUUUGUCAAAAAGCUAAAAAAUUUCAGUAGUAUACAAUUAGAUGUAGUUUUGAAAGAUAUGACCCAUUUAAAUUUAACAAAAUAUGUAAGUGAAGUAGCCACUGCUUUAGUAGAUGCUAAAUUAAAAAUGACAGAUGUUGCACCUGCCAUUAAAGUAUGCAGUUUCUUACAUCAAACUUAUGUUGAAUUUUCAACACACUUUUUUGAAAAUUGGCAGAGAAUUUUGUCUCUCAAGGUUGUUGAUAAAAUUGCAAAUCCAAGUAAACUGAGGGUAGAUCUCAGAUUUUAUGCUGAGUUAGUUAAUGCAGGAAUUUUCACUCAUAAACAAGGUUUACCGUUACUUGGUUCUGCCUUAACUGUUUUAAUUAAUAUGGAUAAAGAGGAGCACAACAAUGCAAGCAUUAUAUUAAGUUUCUGUAAACAUUGUGGAGAAGACUAUGCAGGUCUUGUACCCAAAAAAGUGAGAGAAAUUUCUGAGAAAUUAAAUAUUCCGAUACCUAAGAGCAAAUUACUUUCACCUGAUAAGCAACAGAAUGUGAGAUUGUUGCUGCGAGAUUAUUAUAAUUCACUGUGUAAACAUUUAUUGAAAGAACACAAGGAUCUCCAGGCUUUUGAGAAACAAAAUAGAAAGAUUCUGCAAACCAGGGGCGAAUUGAGCUCUGAAAGGAAAGAAAAACUUGAAAGUCUUCAAGUAUCUUAUGAACGUUUGUUAAAUAAUGUUCAAAGUUUCUCUGAAACUCUGGAUGAACCCAUGCCAGAGCUUCCUGUGGACAGUGAAAUGAAAGCAGAGGCAGAGGAAAGCAUGAAGAUGAUCAGUGAAGGAGAGGAGAAUAGCAUUCUUGAGGAUAUGUGGGGAGAUGAAGAGACCAGAAGAUUUUAUGAAGUUCUACCAGACUUAACAGUAUUCCUACCAGGAUCAUAUUUAAAGGAAGUACCCAAACAGGAUGCACCAAUUAGUGAAGAAGCUUUGGACGAGGAAAUAACAUUCGACGAAUUGGAAGAGAGUGAGAAGGUAGAUGAACCUGAAGCAGAAGUGGAAGAACCUCAGGUCUCUAAAAGCAAUAAAAUACUCUUAGAUGCAUUCCUAACUCAUUUACCAAAUUGUGUAAACCGUGAAAUGAUUGACAAUGCAGCAGUGCACUUUCUAAUGAAUCUCAAUACCAAGCAUCAUAAAAAGAAAUUAGUAAAAGCACUGUUUGGUGUGUCCAGAAUCCGUUUAGAUCUACUCCCCUUUUACUCUCGCUUGGCCGCCAUUCUUUACCCUGUAAUGCCUGAUGUAGGAAAUGAUUUGUGUUUGAUGUUGAAGCAUGACUUCAAAUAUCAUGUACGUAAAAAGGACCAGAUCAAUAUUGAAUCAAAAGUAAAGGUUGUCAGAUACAUUGGUGAACUUGUUAAAUUUAAACUGUACUCAAAGAUAGAAGCAUUGUAUUGUUUGAAGGUUCUACUACAUGAUUUUACGCAUCAUCACAUAGAAAUGGCUUGUAAUCUAUUAGAAACCUGUGGAAGGUACUUAUUUUGUUCCCCAGAUUCCCAUCAGAGAACCAAAGUUUAUUUAGAACAGAUGAUGCGUAAAAAGGCAGUCACUGCAUUGGACUCCCGUUAUGUAACAAUAAUUGAAAAUGCGUAUUACUUUGUAAAUCCUCCAGAGUCUACUGGCGGCGUUUCAAGGAAAGACAGACCCCCAAUCCAUGAAUUUAUUAGGAAAUUACUAUACCAGGAUCUUUCAAAGACGAAUACUGAUAAGGUUCUCAAAUGGAUGCGCAAAUUAGACUGGGAAGAUGAAAGUGUAUCCUCUUAUGCAAUCAAAUGUCUCACUGCCGCAUAUAAUGUCAAAUACUUGAACAUUCGCUGUGUCGGGAGUCUGUUGGCAGGUCUUGUCGCCCAUUACGAAACCAUAGGUCCCCAUGUGGUUGAUGGUGUGCUUGAAGACAUAAGACUAUGCAUGGAGAUCAAUCUACCAAAAUACAAUCAAAGACGCAUUGCCAUGGUUAAAUACCUCGGUGAGUUAUACAACUACCGUAUGGUAGAAAGUGGAGAUAUUUUCAGAACAUUGUAUCUACUUAUUACCUUUGGAGUCAGUAUGGAUCAUUCUAUACCCAGCGUCCUCGAUCCACCUGACCACCUCUUUCGCAUUAGACUAGUCUGUACCUUAUUGGAAACCUGUGGACAGUAUUUCAGUGGAGGUUCCAGCAAGAAAAAAUUAGACUACUUUUUAAUAUUCUUUCAAAAUUAUUACUGGUUUAAAUAUACAGAUCCCAUAUGGACUCCAGAGAAUCCAUUCCCAGUAGGAAUAGAUUACAUGUAUAGAGACACACUGACAAUGCUAAGGCCCAAAAUGCAAUUAUUCCAAAGCUAUAAAGAAGCUCAAUGUGCUGUAGAAGAAUUAAGAAACACAUUAUAUCCCACUCUUGGAAAUCCCACUGAGGAUAAUGUAGAUGGGGAAUCUGACAUGGGUGUGAUCGCCGAAGGCGAUGAAGAAGUGGCUGUAACCUCUGGAAAUGGUAGUGGAGAUGCAAAAGGAGUGGCAGAUUUACACUUUGAGGAGUCUGAAGAUUGUUCUGAGGCACAGUCAGAGGAGGAAUGGACAGCUGACGCGGAGAGAGACGACACCAUUGGUACCCAAGAAAAUACCCAGGGAGAUCAGAGUCUUUCUGAAGGUGGAACAGAUGGUGUAAUUAUGGAUGUUACUGAAUUGAAUGCAGCAUUGCCAGCGGGUCCCAGAAGAGUGAGUUGCCCCGAGGAUGAUGAUUUCUUAUCCGCUCUUGAUAAAAUGGUCUCGGAUAAUAUUCAAGAUAGAAUGAGAGACUCUGUAAAACCUCAGCAAGUAGACAUAUCUGUACCUUUGCAUGUAAAAAGUACUAAGAAGACCUAUGAGCAAUUGCAGGAAAGACCAGCCGAUACAAACACAGUUGAUUUUGUGCUCAUGUUGAGAAAAGGCAAUAAACAGCAAUAUAAGAACUUAGCAGUUCCUGUGUCCUCUGAGUUAGCAAUGAAUUUGAGGAACCGUGAACAGGAACAGAAAGAAGAGAAAGAAAGAGUGAAAAGAUUAACGUUAAAUAUUACGGAGAGACAGGAAGAGGAGGAUUAUCAAGAAACAAUUAAUCAGAGUACGAGGCCAGUGACAGUAAAUUUGAAUAGAGAAAGAAGGCAAAAAUAUAAUCACCCUAAAGGUGCCCCUGAUGCUGAUCUCAUCUUUGGCCCUAAAAAAAUUCGGUAGAUUUAUUAAUUUUCUUGUAAAAUUCAUUUUUAAUUUAAAAUACAUAUCUGUCAAUAUGUGUGAAAUAUUUGAUACUACACUAGAUGACGUAAUUUUUACGUAAAAAUAAAUAUUUACCAAACUUCAAAUUAAAAAAAAAAGUGGACUUGGUCAAACUGCCAUGUAAAGCUCUGUUAAUUAUUAGAUGUACAAAUUAUUAUUUUAAAUUCUAAUUAUCCGCACUUUAA